CGGCCCUUCCUGUCACCGUGUCUCCUCCUCCUUCUCGUCUCUCAUAUAUUCUCGACUCGUCGCCCGUGUCGGAAACGGCGUCUUUUGCGGCCCCACGGGAUCCUCCUCUUAUAUCCGCGCCCAAGGCUGAAAAGUCUUCCCUGCCCCCGCGCCGUUCGUGGGAGUCCCACCAGCGUGCAUCGUCAUCGGCCUAUCACUCCAAGCCAACGAGCUCCUCCCGAUCCAUACCGCGACACAAGGGUUUCUGGACUCCCUCCGCCGUCUUACGGCCGCCCUCGGUUCGACUCGCGAACCCGGUCAACUACGUCCCGCGAAUUACCCCGGUCACGGUCCCCCAUCCCUUCCAGGGCUCGGAAGAGAAUCUCUGUCUUGAGGCGCACCGAGACGCAUACCCUCUCCUAUCGAUUCCCGAGCGACGUCGCAGCCGACUCACCCCAUCCCCGAAUAGUCUAGUGGUGGAGCGCAGCCAGGGGGAGACCGAAAGUGGGCGCUCCAGCAUCGCAGUGCCUCGAGCGCAACGGCGCAGUGGUACCUUCAACGAAGAUUGGCCGUUACAGGAAAUGCCAGAAUCGGCAGGAAAUCAUGGGAGUCCGGAGGCACAAAGUAUUCGUCCGCCCGACCGGGCACACCUGACCCUAGACCCCGUGGUCGACCGAACCAACCCCCUCGACGACCGUCCCCGCCAUAUACAAUCCCAGGCUUCCCUGCGGUCGCAAGCACAGAUCGCUUCGAUACCGUCGCAUACGGGGCAACACCCCGGUGGCGAAACCGACGUGGCGGAGGAGUUGGCCUGGGGACCAGCCCAUCCGUGUUACCCUCAUAUCAAUCCGCAUGUAUCAGUGAGGUCUCAGGAGUACCAUACGACACGCAUCAUUCGGAUUCGUCGAGAUUGGAUGGUUAGGGGAGACCUGGCCCCAACGUUUUCCAACUUGUAUCCGGAGAUCCUCGAUCCAUUACUGCCUGAGCAGGAGUUCCGCAAGAUUAUUGCUACGGUCAAUGACAAGCUCGUAAAAGCAUUCGAUCCAUUCAGCCUUCGGAACUGGAUAGAUGGAGCGCUGGCGCUGUUGACCGGCUGGAUCUGGGAGGAUAUAGGGGCCACGGGAGUCAAAAGCCAGCUCAAACAGAUAGAAGACUGGGUGGAGAAUUGGAACCGUGAGGUCGGCGCAAAGGACGGGGUAUAUAUCUGGAGUCUUCGACGGACGGCUUACAUGUCGUUGGACAUACAGAUUCCCGAUCCUAAAGUUGGCAUCAUUCCCAGUGAGCAUGGACCAUCACUGCCCGGGACUCGACCGAGCAGUGGUGUCGUCUACGGCUGAAUGGUGGGAUGCUUUAGGACUUGAUGCUUCGAAUUCCCUUUUAUUCUUUUUUUCUUCUUCUUUCGCUGUAUUCCUUUAUUUUUAUGCUUUUUUUAAUUUUGCUUUCUCAACUGCAACCUGCAGCUGCACGAUUCUAGCGACUUGGGAUGUUCUUCUUAAUUACCCUUACUUCUUUUCGAUUUGACGAUAUCCACGUCCUUGAUUUCAGAUCGUUGAUACCAUGUCCCCUCCAAAGCCUUCUGGCCUUCGCCCGUUAUGGGAUGGGAUUUCUUGUUUAUAUUCUGUAUACUGUCUGUGUCUAUAGUUCGGUCUGUUCGGUGUAUGUCAUAUAUGCCGGUUGUGCAUAACAAGAGGGCUUUGAUGGCCAGAUACAGGUUAGAU